AUGUCACGACAACAAUUAAUUUUUAAAAAUCCAUUACUUACAAACCCAAACAAAUGGUUAAAAGACGUACCCAAAAAGCAUUGUAGUGAUUUACUACAAAAUCAAUAUUAUAACAGGGAGGAACUUGAAACAAAUUCAUACGUUCAAUCAUUAAUCAAAACUGAUGCUAAUUCAAUAAAUACUGUACUACCUAUGGGGAAUGCAAUUAGAUUAUCUGAAAUCAAGGAUGAAAAAAUUAAAAAUGUGAUUAAAUUAAAACCAAAUAUUACUGAAAUUAACGAACCAACUAGAUUAAUAUCCAAUAACAAAAAGUAUAUUCAAUCAAUACUACAAUCUAAGAAGAUAGUGAGUAAGUAUAGACCAUUUCAUCCGGAUAAACAAUUUCUGAAAGUUCAAAUAGAAUUUGUAGAGAAUAUUGUUGAAAAAAUCGAUCAAUUAUAUAGAGAUGAGAUAGAGAAGUACAUGGGAGAUAUAAAAAAAGGUGAAGGUGAUGGAAUAAAACUCACUGAAGGAGAAACAAAAUGGGAUGGCGAAACUCUUAAUGUCAAUAAAUCGGCUUUUAAUAUGAAGGAGGAUUUGUUCAUAACUUUUAAAGAAAAUCCUAUACUAUCACAACUCAUCAUAAGGUAUAUUGAUUACAAAGGUCUAUGA